AUGUCGUCUAUGCAGGAUAGCCGAAUAUUAUUUCACUGUGUCGAUGCUUUCCUGCUCCCAUCUGAUAUCUGGUACCAACCGUUUCCCCAAAUGCUCUUGAGACAACCUCAACGCAGAUG